AGUAGUUCUACACUCUCCGGACUGCAUCGUCUGGCCUGCGUUGUGUACAGGCAGUCUCGUAAGGACAGACGCAAAGUCAUAGACUCUGGUGGUCUCCGUCGCCUCGACUCAACUCGAUCCAAAUCAACUCAACUCAACUCAGUUCAACUUGCUCAAUUCGACGCAACUCAACUCAACUCGACUCGACUCGACUCGACUCGUCUCGACUCAGGCGCUCAAUCGCAGAGGCAACCUACCGGACAGGGCACCGAAUUGUCAGCACCAGCGCCGUCGAGUCGGCCCGACCUCAGCGUCGGUUGUGCCCACUCGGUGCUCCAGGAAGUAGCCCGGCCCGUCGGUUUGUGUUGUCCCCGAGUGAACUUUGCCAGCACGCAUCUGUUGGAUAUAUAUACCCUCAGGAUGCCAUUUUGUCGGCAAGACGAAGAGACGAGUUGA